AUGAAGCUGCCGUGGACAUUCUUCUUAGCUUCAUCUCUAUUGUUCAGACAAGCUGCUAGUCAGGAUCCGUUGGGCGGCCUGUCAGGAAGUCAUACUGACAUUCCACGAUGGUGUGGGAAACCUUACGAACUUGGGUCGCCAGCUUUUGACCCAGGUGGCAGACUACAACCUCCAGCUAUGACAAAAGAACCUCUUCUCGAUAUCAGGAUCACACCGCGCUACAACAUAUACGACAGCAAUGAGGUCUCCGGGCAAUUUGUCGUUGAUGUGUCCACUUCAUAUGUCCGCGGCGAGGUCAUGGUUGAAUCUUGGAAAGAUGACCUAGCGCGGUCUCAGCCCACGUCCUGGUCAUUCGAAAUCGUGACAGAAGACGCCAGCCUACCUCUGGCAUCCGGAAACCUGUUCCUCAACACUACGGCCAAACUACUGCGUUUCAGCCUGAACAGACUGGAACCCCGAUUGGAGCCUUACAUCAUUCAACUCAAUCUGCAAGUUUCCAAGGAGUACGGUAGCAACCAGACCUAUGCGGCGUCCACUGAGUUUUACUACCUUCCGGCCAAGAACAGCGGCAGCACUGUCAAGAUUGACAACCUCUAUGGUGGCAUGCUUGUUGCCAAUAAUGCCACGCAGUAUGCUUUCCGACCACUUCUGCCCUUUGGAUUCUAUGCUUCCUGCGAUGGCUAUCUCAAGGACAGUCCGUCAAACGUAUCGGCUUACAAAGACCUCGGAUUCAAUGCACUCAACCCGGUCUGUGCGUACACUGACGGUGACCUCGACCCCCUCUUCGACACUCUGGAUGCCGCAGAUUUAUGGUACCAAUACGACAUGCGCAAUUCCUAUCUGAAUCUCUCUUCUGUUGAGGAACAGAUACCUCGUGUCAAAGAUCGGUCAAAUCUGCUCAGUUGGUACACUGCAGACGAACCUGAUGGUUGGCAAUACAACCUCUCAUCCACCAAGCGAGCCCACGACUUGCUCAAGAAAGCUGACCCGUAUCAUCCCACAAGUCUCGUGCUCAAUUGUGACAACUACUACUUUGACGAAUACAGCUCUGGCGCCGACUACGUGAUGCAGGAUGCCUAUCCGGUGGGCAUCAACACGACGUACAGCCGAAAGUUCAACACUACUGUCAAUUCGACCUACGGGGACGCUGGCUGUGAUAAUUGCGAGGGUAUGCUUCGGGAUGUCAGCAAUCGUUUAGACGUGUAUACCCAAUACUUGGACUGGUUGGGAGACCCGAGGAAGCCUCUUUGGUCCGUCCUCCAGGCAUUCUCCGGGGACUUCUACUGGGAAAGGGAGCCCACACCGGCGGAAACUUGGGUCAUGAUUGUGUUGAGCUUGAGCCAUCGAGCAAAGGGCGUCAUGAGCUGGCUGUUUCCAAGCUCGCCCAAUCUAAAUGAUGCUCAUGGAUCGCUUGCGAAAGCCGUUACUGCUCCGGGAGUUAGCAAGUAUCUACUUGGAGGACAGCCGACCAGUGUGAACGUCACUAAUCAUCCUUUACUGGAUGUCGCGUACUGGCAGAUUGGCGGUCGCGCCCUGGUCGCAAUGGCGAAUCUGGACUAUAGCCGAACGAGCAAUCCCAUCACGAUCGAACUACCUUUUGCAGCAAAAGCUGUAGCUGGGCAGCCCUGGGGUUCACUUUCGUGGAGCCUGAGUGACGACAAUAAAUUGGGUACAUAUGGGCUUGAUGGCCUGGCCACGAGUAUUCUGAUCCUCGACACUUGA